AUGGAGCUGGAGACGAGUUCCGAGCCGGCUCCGACGUCUGUCGAUGCGCUGGGCCCUUCAGCCUUCGUGGCCUCAGCACAGGCAGCUGCCUUGGCUUCCCGGGAUUCCCAGACACAGACACCCACAGAUGUCACGAACGAGGAGGAUCUCAUCUUUCCGGAGGAUGCAGACCCCUGCUCAUCCACGGAAGGCUCUUCAGAGUUUCCGAUGUGGGACUUGCUCUGGUCCGUGGCGGCCUUCGCCCAGGAGUCGAGAGUCAACCUCUAUCCGUUCGGCGGCCUCGCCCAGACCCUCACCAUGGCUGAGGUCGGGCUGCUGGUCGCGUCCUCGAACUCCACACUCAUGACGGUCCCGUGA